GAUUUGCCUACACAGAUCUGAAGCUCCAAGCAAUUUUUUGCUACAGUCUGUUUUAAGACAUCAUUAAGCUAAAACACACUUUGGAAAAAUCUGAACUGCCAUAAUGAAAAUUCUGCUCCUAUUAACAAGUGGACUGCUCUUCCUCUCCUCCAGUUUAUGCCAGAAAGAAAACAAGUGCAACAGCAGCAGUUUGGGCUGUCAAGACGAUAUACCUCAUGUAAUCAAGACUUUCCGAGGCACUCCCCAAGACCAGCAUGAUGAGGAGAUCCCUCCUUUUGCCAUAGAAGGCCUGACAAAGACCAGCCACAACAAACAAAACAAGCUUUCUAGUGGGAAAUCCAAUGCCUCAUCACUAAAACUAAACAAUACCACAAUGGAGUACCUCACCAGCUCACUGAGCACAAAACUGAUACCAGCAGUGUAUUUAGCUGUUGUUUUAGUAGGGGUACCAUCAAAUGCCCUCAUUCUAUGGAUGCUGUUUUUCAGAAUGAGAUCAGUCCGUACUGCCAUAUUCUAUACCAACCUAGCCAUUUCAGACUUUCUGUUCUGCAUUACGUUGCCAUUCAAAAUCGCAUAUCACCUCAGUGGAAAUAACUGGAUAUUUGGAGAAGCGAUGUGCCGAAUCAUGACUGUGAUCUUCUAUGGCAACAUGUAUUGUUCCAUUCUACUCCUCACUUGCAUCAGCAUUAGCCGUUACGUGGCCAUUGUUCAUCCAUUCACUUAUAGGACUUUGCCUAAGCAACAUUUGACAACAUUUGCCUGCGGGAUGAUAUGGACCAUUGUCUUCUUAUACAUGUUGCCUCUGAGCUUAACGAAGCAAACCUAUUAUCUGGAUCAACUAAAUAUUUCUACUUGCCACGAUGUUCAUAGUGACUGUGAAACUGCGUCACCUUUCCAGUUUUAUUACUUCAUCUCUCUGGCUGUCUUUGGAUUCGUGAUCCCCCUUUGUAUUGCUAUUUUCUGUUACUUUUCGAUUAUCCGGACGCUCAAAGUUUACAAGAACAAGUGGCUCUGGUACAUUAAAAUCAGUCUCCUCAUCCUCAGUAUUUUUGCUGUUUGUUACACACCAAGUAACAUUAUACUGAUUGCUCAUCAGGUGAAUUACUACCACAGUGCUGGAGACAGUUUGUAUUUCUUUUACCUUAUUGCUUUAAGCCUCAGCAGUCUGAAUAGCUGCCUUGAUCCAUUUCUUUACUUCCUCACAUCCAAAGUUAAAGGAAAGACUAGUGCUUAUCUUACCAUGGCUAAAAUAGCUCAGGAAGAAUGUAGGUGA